AUGGAAGAGCCGGUGGACGAAAUGAUCGUUGUGCAGAUCAGAGAUUUCCAAACAUUCCGAAGAGUCGCAUCUGAUCCGAUUCUCGUUCAAGGACUGCCAUGGUACGUUUUUUUUCUAAAGAACAAGUAUAAAAAAAAUGUAAAUGCGCAGACUUGUCACGGGCGGCCAGAUUUUCUCCAGCCCGGUUAGCUGUGAAAUUUCAAAAUUUCCUGCUUUUCAUAUUUUUCUAGCGGUUUCUACUAUUGACGAAAAUUCUGCACACGACUUUGUGUAAAUUUUACCUGUUGCUCAACAGGACAUCUCUGGAAAAUGUACUGAAAAAUUUCAAAUUUCAAUGUUUUGUCAUGAAUCGGCGCGGCGCGGAACUAAAUUUGACAAGUCAGCAAAAGCACAACUUACAGGCAGAUGACAGUGAUCAAAAGAACCGACGGAUCUCUGUUUUACAAAGUGGCGGCGAACGAGGAUUCGGCGAGUUCGAUGUGGAGGAGCAUCGCGAGCACGCAGGUCUCUGUGAGAUGCUACGAUGAAAACGGAAAUCAAAUCGAGAACGAGAAGAGUUUGAGCUACGAAGGAGAGUUUGAUUAUCAGCACAACAGCACCGAAGGCUCUCUGGGAGCUCUCGACGAGUACACGGAUCCGAAACGGAACUUUUUGAAGCAGGGAGAGUGUCUGGAGGUCGAGUGCCGACUGAGUGUGAUCAGAACGUACGGAGUGCGUAGAAAGAGAACUUUCAACUACGACGACGAGAAAUCGCUUCUUUUCAACGCGUGCCUUCUGAUCGACGGAAGAAAAGUGUACGUCAACAAGCAGAUUCUGACGAUGCACUCCAAAUUCUUCGAGAAUUUGUUCUACGGCGAGUUCAAAGAGAAAUACAAAGACAUGAUAGAGCUUCCGGAUGUCAAAUACGAUGAAUUCGUCGCUUUUCUGGAUAUUAUUCAUCCGACAAGAGCGGAAAUUCGCGAGACAACCGUCGAAAUCCUUUUGAACCUCGCCGAUCGUUUUCAAACUGAGGAGGUGCUGGCGCGUUGUGAAGAUUUUCUGAUGAACUCGUCGACGAUGGAAGUGGGUAGAAAACUCUUCAUCGCGCAGACUUACAGUCUUUCAGCUCUUUCGGUAAGAUAUAAAAAUUUUUAUAAAAUUUUUAAAAAAAGUAUCUGUUUCAGGACAAGUGCAUAAAGUCGUACAAUAGUCUCAGCGAGAUGUGUCAUCUCAGAAAGUCGGAAUACUACAAUCACCUGAGCAACGAAACCAAGUCGGCGCUUUUGCACCGUCUCUGCAUGACCCGCCGUCCUGGCCGACGUGGACUAGCCGAUGAAUUUGCACGGAUCUAA